AUGACCCACACAGAACUCUGGUUGACUUACCACCAAAUCUCGCGCUGUGACAAACCUGCCACCGCUCAGCUCAUCGAGCUUGAGUUCCAAAACCAGAAGCUCUGCGACUUGGAGGAUAUCAUGGAGCACCUGUUCCGCCAGGGCUUCGUUGAAGCUAAGCACAGGUCGCUGUCAUGGUGGGAGAAGUGUGAUGGCCAGAAAGUGAAGGGAAGCUUUGAUAUCGAAGAGCUGUUGAAGCAAGGCGUUGGGAAGUGCCCCGACACGGCUUUGAGGCUGAUCAUAGCCGACGCGCCUCCUGCUGUUUGGUUCAGCUAUGUGUAUCUUCGUAACACCACUGGAGCAGUCGUGACGCAGCGUGUCAAGCUCGACACUCCCGAGACGAAGUUCGAGAUAAUGGCUCACCUGACCAACCACAUUUUCAAGCAUGGUUUCCUACCUGCGAACGUGAGGUCCUUGGUAUACUGGCAGACGUCAUGUGGGAGGAGAAUCGAGGAGCAUUUCCGUCUUGAAGAGCUGCUUACAAUUGGUGAUGGUCUUGCUGAGGAGGCUCCUCUGCGCCUUGUCAUCGAUCACGCGCCCUGUCAUCCCCAUCACCCCAUUUGCCACCAUUAGGAUGGGGCUGCUUGCACCUUUCCUGGCUGUUAUUGGAGU